UUCUCUCCUUUUUCAUUCUCAUAAAGUCAAACAAGCCAACCCAUUUAAGAAUAACAACUCUUUCUUUAUCUUAUUAUUAUUUUCCUCUUCAUUUUUUUUUUUAAUACAAAUGGUACAUUUUCUACUAUAGCAUUGAAAGUGAUGGCUUCUUCUAUAAUCAACAAAACCACCUACAUUUUUUUCUGCAUUUGUUGUUAUGUCGACUCAGUCAUAAAGACAAUACCCCACGUUUACCACUUUUUCACUCUCUUAGAGAGAGGAAGAAGUAUUUUGAGUAGUUUAUGAGAGAUAUUUAAAGGGUUAUGGUGAUUUCAAGGAUGUUUUUUUCAAAAGGUUACAAGCAUGAAGUUGUUUUCAUUUUAUGGUUUUGCUGCUAUGUGUUACUUGUUGCUGCACAAGAGAAUAUAACUAACCCUACUGAAGUUGAAGCAUUAAAAGCAAUAAAGAAAAGGUUGAUUGAUCCUAAUCGCAAUUUGAGCAAUUGGAAUCGCGGAGACCCAUGUACAUCUCACUGGACAGGAGUUUUGUGUUUCAAUGAAACAUUAGUGGAUGGCUACUUACAUGUUCAAGAAUUGCAACUAAUGAAUUUGAGCCUGUCUGGAAAUUUGGCACCAGAAAUCGGCAGCUUGGUUUAUAUGGAAAGAUUGAACUUCAUGUGGAACAAAAUAACUGGGAGUAUUCCAAAGGAAAUUGGCAAUAUCAAAUCGUUAUUCCUCUUGCUCCUGAAUGGAAAUCAAUUAACAGGUUCACUGCCAGAGGAGCUUGGAUUUCUUCCGAAGCUUGACAGAAUACAAAUUGAUCAGAACAAUAUAUCAGGACCUCUACCUAAAUCAUUUGCAAACCUAAACAAGACAAAGCAUUUUCACAUGAACAAUAAUUCAAUUAGCGGGCAAAUCCCACCGGAACUUGCGCGAUUACCAUCACUUGUUCACUUCCUUCUUGAUAACAACAAUUUAUCAGGAUAUCUUCCUCCUCAGCUAUCACAACUACCAAACUUACUUAUACUUCAACUUGACAACAAUAACUUCGAAGGAAAUAGCAUUCCGGAUACUUAUAGUGACAUGUCAAAAUUGUUGAAGUUGAGCCUUAAGAACUGUAACUUGCAAGGACCGAUUCCUGACUUAAGCCGUAUACCACACCUUCUUUAUCUUGACCUUAGUUCGAAUCAGUUGAAUGAAUCACUUCCUUCCAAACUUGCAGAAAACAUCACAACAAUUGAUUUAUCAAACAACCAGCUUACUGGAAACAUCCCGUCCUCGUUUUCUAGUCUUUCAAAACUUCAGAGAUUGUCUCUUGCAAACAAUUCAUUGAAUGGCAGUGUUCCUUCCACAAUUUGGCAGGACAAGAAGUUAAAUGGAUCAGAAAGAUUUAUCUUGGAGUUGGAAAAUAAUCAAUUCACAACUGUAUCAGGCAGUACUGAUCUUCCUUCAAAAGUCACAGUCUUGCUUCGUGGGAAUCCUCUAUGCUCAAAUAACACCUUGAGUCAGUUAUGUAGUUCUGAAGGUGUUAACAAUACAGAUGUCCUAGUUCCAACAAACAACAACGGUUCCUGUCUAGUUCAAUCAUGUCCGCCACCUUAUGAAUUCUCUUUGGAUUGUUUCUGUGCAGCCCCGUUGCUUGUUGGUUAUCGAUUGAAAAGUCCCGGGUUUUCAGAUUUCCUUCCUUUCAAAAAUGAAUUUGAGGAAUACCUGACUACUGGUCUUAGUAUAAACAUCAGUCAGCUAAACUUUACUUUUCGGUGGGUAGCAGGACCUCGGUUAAGAAUGGACUUGAAGUUUUUCCCUUUAUAUGUUGAUCAUAAUAGUUCUCAUACUUUCAAUGAAACUGAGGUCCAACGAAUUAGAAGCAUGUUCACAGGAUGGAAUAUUCCCGACAGUGAUUUGUUUGGACCAUAUGAAUUGAUCAACUUCAAUAUGGGUUUAUACCAGAACGCGACUUCCACCUCUUCAAAAUCGGGGAUAAGUACAGGUGCAAUAGUUGGCAUAGUCUUAGGGGCAAUUGCAUGUGCAGUGACGCUAUCUGCUAUUGUUACUCUUCUUAUAUUAAGAACAAAAUUGAAAGAUUAUCAUGCAGUUUCCAAACGGCGUCAUGUGUCUAAAAUCAAAAUAAAAAUGGAUGGGGUAAGGUCCUUCACUUAUGAAGAAUUGUCCUCUGCUACGAACAAUUUUAGCAGCUCCGCUCAAGUCGGACAAGGGGGCUAUGGGAAGGUAUAUAAAGGUGUCAUUUCUGGUGGAACAGCUGUUGCCAUAAAACGUGCACAGGAGGGGUCACUGCAAGGCGAGAAGGAGUUCCUUACUGAAAUAUCGCUACUAUCAAGGUUACAUCAUCGCAAUCUUGUGUCUUUGAUUGGAUACUGUGACGAAGAAGGUGAACAGAUGCUGGUUUAUGAAUAUAUGCCAAAUGGCACACUAAGGGAUCACCUUUCUGUUUCAGCAAAAGAACCGCUGACUUUUAUCAUGAGAUUGAAGAUUGCAUUAGGGUCGGCUAAAGGUCUCAUGUAUCUGCACAAUGAAGCCGAUCCUCCAAUAUUCCAUCGUGAUGUCAAGGCCAGCAACAUAUUAUUGGAUUCUAAGCUCUCUGCUAAAGUCGCAGAUUUCGGACUUUCACGGCUUGCACCAGUUCCAGAUAUGGAAGGAAUUGUGCCUGGUCAUGUAUCUACUGUGGUAAAGGGUACACCGGGUUACCUUGAUCCGGAGUACUUCUUAACUCACAAAUUGACCGACAAGAGUGAUGUUUAUAGUCUCGGCGUUGUGUUUCUAGAAAUUUUGACUGGGAUGCAUCCUAUCUCACAUGGAAAAAAUAUUGUUAGAGAGGUCAAUCUUUCCUACCAAUCUGGCGUAAUAUUUUCAAUCAUCGAUGAACGAAUGGGAUCAUAUCCAUCUGAGCACGUCGAGAAGUUUUUAACAUUGGCCCUCAAGUGUGUUAACGACGAGCCAGAUAAUCGGCCUACAAUGGCAGAGGUGGUUAGAGAGCUUGAAAACAUAUGGAAUGUAAUGCCGGAAUCAGAUACCAGAAGAGCUGAAUCUAUAACCAGUGGCAGUGUCAGUGAUUCUAGUAAAGCAAUGAGUACACCAUCUUCAUCCUCAGCUAUAAGGACUGCUUUUGUAUCAGGUGAUGUGUCUGGUAGUGACCUUGUUAGUGGAGUAAUACCAAGCAUCAAGCCAAGAUAAAACUAUACACAUGAGUUGAAAAAUAUUAGGUUUAGAUAUUAUUGAGGUUGUCAUUAAUUACCUUGUGAAUUGAAUAAUGAGACUUGGUAUGUCACUGGAUUUCAUCUUCACUCUUUAUAUUAUUUUCUUUUGUACAAUCUGUUACACUGAUAGAACAUGGGGGGUGUAUAUAACAUAUUAGUUUCUUACAUCAUAUAAGCUAAGGUGUUGUAUAUGUAGUGCAGUUUAAUUACUAGGAAAGUGAAUUACAUUUGAGGUUGUUUUUCAAACAGUAUAGCAAUUUUUGUAGUUAAUUCCCUCUUGUACCAUAUUUAUAAAUUUUGUUAUGUGCUGUUAUGUUAA